AUGCCGGACGACAACGUACGCCAGGUGUGCAUGGAUCUCUUCUCGACUCUGUUGGAGGGUGUCCUGGAGGAGCCGGCGAACUCUGUCAAAAUAUGUGUCACCGACCACGCUGCUCCCGCCAAUGGGAAGAUGCUUGCCCUCGUCGACCAACUACGGAGCGAGCUUGUGGGUCAACCUGCGGCGCUCGAUCAGCAGAUGCUUGGCGUUGUUCGACGGAAUGUUGUUGACGCCUCUCGUCGGUUCCAGGAGCAGAUUGAUGUGUGCACUGGCACGCUACAAGAUCAUGGUGGUCGUAUUUCGUUUAUGGAAGGAGAUGUGGACGAGCUCAAGAAACAGAUGCGUGAGCUGCGCGACCAGCUCGCCCUCGUUGAGAAGCGCCCCCAGACCCCGCUCGCCGUCCCGCAGGGAUGCGAGCGCGACGUCGACGCCACGGUGGUUGUCAUCAUGUGCCACGCAGCUACCACUAAGCAGCUCGUGUGUGCGGCGCUGAAAGAGUGGCUUGGCGAGCUCGGCUUCCCCGAGUCGGACUACGACAUUUCCCCAGCGGGGCAGGCGCCCUGCAAGAAGUUCACUCUCAAGUUCGGCGGCCUCGUCGCCGCUGCCUCGCGCAAGGCGCGCAUGCACCUCGGCCCCGACAAGAACCCUCGCCAUAUCAAAACCGAGAUGCUGCUCCGCCGCCGUCGCUCCGUCAUCCCCGAAGCCCAUCCCAACCUCCGUCUCUUCAGCGACCGCGACCGCGGCGCGCUCUCGGUCGGGUGGGGCAGGAUCCUUCGUGUCGAGGUUGCCGCAGGCGCUGCGCCAGCGACCGCCGUAUGGGACCCAGCGGCUUCGCAGGAUCACAUCAUGCGCAAGAACAACCUCGCGCAGCUCACGCGUCACCUCGUGGCGCCGCAGGUCGCGGGCGUCCAGCUCGACAUCUUCAAUGUCCACAAUCGCGAGCUCACCGCCCUGCAGGUCGCGGCGGUGGCGCGGUUCAUCCGCGGCGCCCGGGCCUUUGCAGCCAGAGGCCCCACCAAGCGUCUCGCCAUCGUCAGCGGGGGGUGCAAUUUCUCGUCGGAGGAGGCCGCGGCCCUGCGCAUGCCGCGUGGUGCGGUCCGCCGCGCGGCUCGGAGGCACCAUGCGCAGGCGCCCACCUGGCGCCGCGCGCUUGCCGAGCUGCUCGAGGCGGAGAGCACCUCGCCCACCCUCAACGAAAAAGCCAGCAACUCUGGAUCGUGCGUCGAUCGUCUCUUCCUCUCGUGCCCUGGGUGGACGCUGCGCCAGUUAUUUCUCCAG